AGCAAUUAUUUUAUAUGCUUGAGCAGCAGAAUGAAGCCUUUUCGCGCGUCAUUUCGCGUCGCUUUUCGCGAUCGUCUGUCGUGACUUGGUCGUGAGUCUGCAUCGAGUGCAAGAACUAACUGUGAACACGAGCCAAAAUCAUGGCGGACGGAAACCGGUCUGAUUCGUCGACCAACGGCGGUACGGCGUAUCGAAGGCCCGUUUUGCCGAAUUUGAUGAAUGGAGUCGAUCCCCGGCAGCGACUGCCAAGCUUCAAACGAGAUCGUCCGAACGAUGACGCCGCCGUGUCAAGGGAUCAGUUAUUGCAGAAAGCGAAAGAACCGGUGAGGAAAUUCAUGCCGAAACUGAAACAGAAGGCGAAAGUGGUUGCGAAAAAAUCGGCUGCACCUGAGCAACCUCCUCCUGUCGUAACUAAGAAAGAUCGGCCAUCGCGUAAGCCAGAUGCUCAGAAGCCGAAGUUCAAGCCGAGAGAAACUAUACAGACAUCUGGAUCCGUUUUUGAUACGUCAACUCAGUUCGACAAGAAAGUCCGCUCCUCUUACGGAGAUGGAGAAUCGAGGAGUGCUGGACGAUCUACGACAGUUGCGCUCUCAGAAUCAGAGAGAGCCAAGCGACAGAAGAAACGAGAUGAGUUGCAGGCAUCAGCUAAGGAAGGAUAUGUUUCUGAGGAGUAUGACGAAGACGAAGAAGACAAUGAUAUUUCACCGUUGACGCUGCCAAUGCUGAAAACCUUGUCGCUCUCGUCGAAGAAUGUGAGAAAAGUAGAAGUGAAACCCAUUUUGCAUUCGAAGACUUCGUUAUCUUCGCCGAGUCUGAACGGAUUCCAUGCGACGGAAGAAGAUAUUAAACCUGAUGUCGCAAAACCCUUUUCGAAUGUGGAUCCUUUUUGUCGUGAACCUUGUGAUUUGAGGAAUUUCGUUAAUUCUGUGCUAUGUCCGGCUGACGAUUCGGAAGAAUUAUUCACGAUGCAAUUUCCGGAUUUUAUUCCUGUAUCCGAAAAAAUGAUGCGAAUGAAGAAUUCUGCCGUUGAUGAAGAAGAGGCCAAGCCGCAGCAAGAGGGAGAUGCAGCCAGUGGAUUCGAAGAGCAAAGUGUCGGCGCCUACAAGUUGACUCUCCGAGAUUUGCCAGAGGGCUUAUUCUGCCGUUUUAGAGUUAGGCAAUCUGGGAAGGCGGAAUUGGUUUUCCCGAGUGGCAUAGUUUUUCCUGUGAUUAAAGGUUGCGGUAUUGGUUUUCGUCAGGAUAUUUGUGUGAUUGACAAAGGGGACGAAGAGAGGAGAGGGAAGUUGAGUGUGAUCGGAAGCUUGAAAGAAAAGCUUCUCUGUGUUCCUGAUUUUGAGCCGCUUUUCGAAUCGAGUGAAGCGCAUCGGAAUGCUUCGGUCAUCUCAAAGAUGCGAAAAUCGUGAAUGCAUUAUUCCUUCACGCAAGUUGCUGAGGAAGCCAUUUUGUGUCGGAAGAAAGAAAGGCAAAUUUUAUUGUCGAUUCCGGGAGUGAACACGCGCAUGAUUCGAAAUUGUGAAGUGGGUCUCGCCUGUCGAUUCCGGAAAAAAAGAGAUUCUAUCGUCACGGUAUCCUGACACGAGCCUGUCGGAAACUUUCCUCCCGUGGCACCACCACAAAGAAUUCACCGAAUUUACUGUAUUCACUCAAACGUCAACGAUUAUGAGACGAACCUCACUCUUCGUGUCGCAAGAAGCAAGAUUACUGCCUGCAAAUAUAAAUUUGUACUUCAGCAAAACUUUCAUACGUAUGUUAACGGAAAUUCAAGAUUCUACUCGUGUUUCAGCUGUCUCAUUCUUAUAAGAAGCUUUCAAGCGACGUUAUUGUGUUAUUUAUUGCACGAUUUGGAAUCAACUGUGAGGUUUGAGUUCUCUUCGUCACUUCCGGUUAUUUGACUUAUACCAACCAUGCUCAUUGUUCAUUGGUAAGUUUAUGGUUUUUCGCAUGAAUUAAGAAGGAAAACUCGUACUAUCUCAGUCAGAAAAGAACUAAAGACGACGUUGAGUGUGUCCUUAUUGAAUUCCGAAUUUAUUCAUGUACUGAUAAGUGGAAAGCGCAUGCGUAUUUGUGACGCUGUGGAGCGUAAGGCGUUUCCUGAUGACAGUAUUUAAAGAACAAUUACUUCAAAGAACUUACUUAUGUAGUAAAUGUGGUGGCAUUCUUUGUUUGUGAGGCUGAAAAAGGGAGUGAGUUCCAGUGUGUAUUUGUGGAAAUGAGACUUCUAUCUAGCAGUCCCCUUAACCACAGGUUGACGAUAUUUAUUGGUGAAAUCGGUUGUCGUUAUGACUGACUACCACGAAGAGCAGAACGCAGAAUUGGAAGCAUUGGAAUCGAUAUUUUGCGAAGAGCUUCAGUUUUUGUCCAGGGAACCGGUGGCAGAGUUUUCCAUAACUUUGAAAUCCGAGCAUUACGACGAAGAAGAUGCUAGCAAAGGUGCUAUUGUGGCUCUCCGGUUUUCGUUUACUCCCACAUACCCCGACGAACCCCCCGAAAUGACUGUCGACAAUCUCGACGGUCUUAUCGUCGGUGAAGACGAAGAAUCUUCACUAAUGGAAUAUCUCGAAGGGCAGGCUCAGGAUAAUCUUGGAAUGGUGAUGAUCUUUACACUUGCAUCAGCUGCCCUCGAAUGGCUGAAUCAACGCUGUGAUCAGAAAAUUAAUCACCGCGAAGAGGAGGAAAAGCGAAAAGAACAAGAACGCGAAGAAGAGGAGCAUCGUCGCUUCGAAGGAACCCGUGUGACUGUCGAAACUUUCAUGAAAUGGAAACUUGCAUUUGAUGAGGAAAUCCUGCGAAGUAAAAAGGUGAAGAAAGAAGACACGUCGUCGAAGAAGCUGACGGGCCGCGAGCUGUUCAUUCAGGACAAGACGAUGAACGAGUCGGAUUUGAAAUUCUUGGAAGAAGGGGGAGAGGGCGUGAAAGUUGACGAAUCGCUCUUUGAAAAUCUGGACGAGCUCGACUUGGAUGAUUUGGAAGAAUCAGAAGAUGCAUAGACUAGGAGAAGUAAUGAAUGCUGUGAACAUGUUA